AUGAGGACCGAAGGAGAGCAACACUCCAAAGACUCGGAUCUGGACGAAGUGGAGGAAAACGCGAGAGGUGCUGUAAAAUGUGGAGGAAUUAUGUACGCGAAUGUUCAUGAUGAUCCUGUCGUACCUGAUUUGAAAGAAAAGGUUGACGUACUUGUGUCUAUUUUCACGCUUGAAAGUGCCUGUCAAACGUACACCGAAUACUGUCACUGCAUUAAAAAUAUGGCCUUAAUGAGUCAUUUUGAGGUCCACCUUACUUUCGCCUACACUUAUGGACGAAUCUUCUACCUUCGGUACUUUGGACUACAGUUUAAAGUUAUGCUAUAA